ACUUCGGUUUGCUGAGUCUGGUUUCGAAACGUCACAAAAUCGUGAUUUUAAAAACAAAAAGCAAGGAUCUCCCUUUCCCCUUUAAUAUUGUUGUGUAUAAUUAUUUCCGAAUUGCAGCAUUUGCUAUUGUAAUAAGAACUGUUAAGUAAUAGAUUUCCAGUCAAUAACCUCACGGAGUAAUUGUAACUCGGUGGAUAAUGUCGCAGGAGGGGCUAAUCACUUUGCUCAGUUUGCUGAUUAACGAUUGAUAUAAUUAAGUAUCAACUUGCACGACAGUACGAGUAUCAGCCUGGCUGCUUGGAAGUAAAAUCCCGUUUUGUUUUAUAACUUGUUACUUGGGCUUUUAUGACUUAUGAUCUGGCGCAAUCAAGAGUUAUGUCGGGAACGUUUCAAGAUCUCAAGAUAUCGGACUUCGUUGACAAGCUGGCGUCGACAAUGCGCGGAUUGCGAGCGCUUGAAUCUCGUUUAAUCGACAUUACAACUGCCGAAGCGGGAAGAAGUGGUGUUGGAGAAGAUUCUGGCGAAGAAGCUGCCAGUUCCUCUCUGAACACUAUUAACGGUGAAUUGGAAGAUCUGGAAAUUAUGACCGGCAUACUUGCCAGCAAAGAAGUUAUUCUACGGAUUCAGCAAAUAUUACGGGAGAAAAGGAACAAACGGCGCAAAUUUGUCUCUAAAAAGGUCGAAUCGUGUUCGUCGAUUCCCAUCGACAGUACCAUAAUUCGAAAAGUUCCUGCUGGAAGUUUUAGCCACCUCAGCAGAGAAGUGAACAAAGCGGCAGAACAGCAGCCUACAAGCAGAUCAGCCAAACGGCGGCAACGGAGACUGCAACGGAUUGCUCAGCUGUAUGAACGGAUGCAAAAUUGUCGCAAGUUGUAUAAUAUACGAGCUGCCGCAGCUGUGGACCAGUCUGGCUUUUUGACCAACUUGGAUGAUAUGGAGAAGAAGUUGAAAUAUUUAAGGGAAAAAAUAAAGAGACCAAAGAAACCCGAUUGUGUGAAUGUAAAUGUGGAUAUCGCGAGUAUACCUUUGCCUAGCGAACCAUUUGAAGAGCAGUGGAGAUCAGAAAUCACGGCUGUACUUUUUGGAAUGGAUGAAGAUGCAUUUCGCUCGUUCUCCGCGUUGCAGUCAAGAACCGUUGGACAGUUAUUGGAUGUUCGAAGGCAAUGGGAUGCAUAUGUUACCGGCAAUGAGAAAGGGUCGUCCAUACCGAUUUGCUAUUUCCUUCCUCCUUCGAAUCCAGUGAAUGGCUGGGCAGCAUACAAUUCGUAAAAUGCAGCGAUGUGUUAUUGUACUUAACACUAUAAUACGGUUACUUUCGUCAUCUGCGAUGAAGAGUGUAAUGGUUAUAUAGUGGAAGAAAGCAUAUGGCUUAUGGAACUUUGGAUUUAUCUACGUAAUAAAAACAAUUCACUCCAACAAAAAAUCAAUAUUCUAGCGGAUGGAAGUAUGUAUUUUCAGCACAAUAGUAUUUCAGAAUCUUGAAUUCUUAAUUCACAGUAUACUGUUUGUUGUCCUCUAAUUCCUCUCCGACACAAGUUAGAAAUAUCGUUCUUUUAAUCAAGAAAGCUUAUAAGCGAUUUUUACGUUUCGUAAACCGCAAUACAGAAUAACGAUGCAAUUCUUAAUUGGAAAGCAUGUUUUUUGUCGCCAUGAAUCAUUCAAGAUCGCGC